UGUGAAUCUCAAAUAAGUAAAUAAUCCAGGUAGUAAGUCAGAGCGACGCAGAUUACGAUACCGCAUGUCUGUUGACAGCAUUGACUCGGUCAUGACAAGACUUCAUCUCGAGUCUCGAGUCUCGACUUCCGUCUUCUGUGCUUGCUCUCACCUUCCUUCUGAACAGGCUUCCUACCAAACCACCUUCUGUUACACUCUCUCAAAACCACCCCCCUCUCACACUGCAGGAUGAGAAUUGGCUGCCUUCAAUUCGCCCCCAAGCUGGGCCAGGUCGAGGAGAACAUACGUAAAGCAGACUCCCUGCUCGAGGGCACCUCGGCCUCCGAACUCGACCUCCUAGUCUUACCAGAAAUGGCCUUUUCAGGUUACAACUUUCCCAACUUGGAAGCCAUAACACCAUUCCUUGAACCUUCAGGCACUGGUUCCUCAUCCCAAUGGGCAAAACGCACAGCCGCUCGAUUGAACUGCACAGUCGCCGUUGGAUACCCAGAACUCACUGCAGACGGAAAACGAUAUAAUACAGUCAUCAGUAUAUCACCAGACGGCACGACCGCAGCAAGCUACCGCAAGACCUUCCUCUACUAUACAGAUGAGACAUGGGCUCUUGAAGGCGACACUGGCUUCUACAAUGGCGAGCUAGGCGCUCUGGGUCAAGCUUGUAUGGGAAUAUGUAUGGAUAUUAAUCCCAAGAAGUUUGAGGCGCCUUGGUCUGCGUACGAGUUCGCGACUCAUUGUGUGGAUGCAAAGACGCCUUUGGUUGUGCUUUCGAUGGCUUGGUUGACUAGAUUGUUGCCGCAGCAAUUGCAAGAGACGGCCAUGCAGCCGGAUUUGGAGACUUUGAGUUAUUGGUUGGAGAGGUUUAUGCCAGUAGUGCAGAGUCAGAGAGAAGGUGGGACUGUGGUGGUCAUGGCGAACAGAUGUGGUACUGAGCCUGGAGCGGUGGCAGGAGUGAGCCAGGGUGUCGAUGAUGAAGGGCAGGAGAUUGUGGGGUAUGCGGGAACGAGUUGUGUGUUGAUGGUCGAUCAGGGAGAAGUCAAGAUCUUUGACAUCCUGGGGAAGGCCGAGGAGAGAUUGUUGAAGAUCGAUACUACAGAGCCGCCUCAGUUUGCAUUGCGUGCCAAAGUGUCGCAAUGAAGUUAGGCUAUGUGCAGUUCCUGAAGAUCAUGUAGAAUCGAGCGACUCGGGUCGAUGGGCCGAGCUUGAGAGUGCAGCACACUGGCUGAUAGAGAAGGCGUCGCGCAUGUAUAGUAUCCAGAACAUCACAAAUAUGCAAAGAGACAAGACUCAAAAAGGUGUCAAGGCAUUUCAUCAUGUAAUUUCCAUCAAC